ACAAUUUAUUUAACGUCUUCAUUUUGGGUUCCGUACAAACAAUUAAGAGGAUUUUAGAUGCCGCGGAUGACAAUGGUUACUUGACAAGGAGAUACGCUUGGCACGCCAUAACACAAGAUAAUGAAGAACUGAAAUGUAAAUCUAAAAAUGCUACGAUUAUCUACGUAAAACCAUUGAUUGCUAAUCAAUACCUGAACAGAACGAAUUUUCUUCAAAAUAGCUACAUGUUGACGACCAAGCCGUACUUAGCAGCGGCAUUUUACUUUGAUCUGGCACUUCGGGCGUUUAUGUCUUUAAGGAAUUUGAUUUCUGACCAGGAAUGGCCUAUAAAAGCCAACUACAGUAAAUGCGGGGAUUUAAACACAACAAUUGUCCGCAAAGAUGUUGACCUUCGUCAGUAUUUUAAAAAGGUAUCAAUCCCUCCUGCAUUUGGAGAUUUAUACAUGAACGAUAACGAAUCGAGUUACAUGUUCACCAUGGAUCUUACUGCUGUUGAGUUUAAUAAUAUAUCCCGCAACGCAUCUGUGAUACAAUUAGGGAAAUGGAACGCUACGCGUGACAGCAAUAUCGUAUUCCAGAAUUCUGAAAACAUGGUAAAUUAUCGGGCAGAUAUUGUGCACCGGGUAGUUACGGUCGUGCAACCGCCAUUUGUAUAUUUCAAUAACACAACGGGAUAUUUUGGUUAUUGCAUUGAUUUAAUGGAUAAGAUCGCGAAUUAUUUAAACAUAAAAUACGAAAUCCACACGGUACAAAAUGGAGGGUUUGGGUACAUUAACGACAGUGGAGAAUGGAAUGGUGUUGUUCAGGAGUUGAUUCAAAGAGAAGCUGAAAUAGGCCUGGGCGCAAUGCCGCUCAUGUCAGAAAGAGAAACUGCUAUAGAUUUUACAGUUCCUUAUUACGAAUUAGUUGGCCUUGCAAUUUUAAUGAAGUACAAUACGCCUCAUAGCUCCCUGUUCAAAUUUGUGACUGUUAUGGAGUAUGAUGUGUGGCUCUGUAUACUCUCAUCAUUUACUAUAACAAGUUUAUUCUUAUGGAUUUAUGAGCGUUUUAGUCCAUACAGCUACUCAAACAAUCGCCUAAAAUACGUAGAUGAUGAAGACAAAAGGGAAUUUAAUUUGAAGGAGUGCCUGUGGUUUUGUUUGACAUCGCUUACACCUCAAGGGGGAGGUGCCGUCCCCAAAAGCUUAUCCGGGCGAAUGCUGGCGGCAACUUGGUGGUUAUUUGGAUUUAUUGUUAUUGCUUCUUACACAGCCAACUUAGCCGCCUUUCUGACCAUUUCGCGAUUAGAAGAAUAUGUGGAAUCUCUUGAUGACUUGGCAAAACAGUUCAAAGUACAGUACGCCCCUCAUCAGGGAUCCGAUGCCGACCUUUAUUUUCGACGAAUGGCAGAGAUUGAAAAAAUGUUCUAUAACAUUUGGAAGAGUUCAAGCCUAAAUUCAAGCCUAAAUAAUUUUCAGCGCGCUCAGUUAGCGGUUUGGGAUUAUCCCAUAAAGGAGCAGUUUAUUAAAAUGUAUCGAAUCAUGAGCGGUCAUAUGCCAUUGACGUUCGCAGAGGCCGUUGAUAAAGUAAGAUUAGCAAAACCCAGACCAUUCGCUUACAUCGGUGACGCUACGGAUAUAAAGUAUUUGGCGCUUACUUCCUGUGACGUCAGAAUAGUAGGAGAAGAGUUCUUCAGGAAACCAUACGCGUUAGCUGUACCUCAAGGAUCUCCAUUAAGAGACCAACUCAAUGCGGCAAUUUUACAUUUUCAACGUGAGGGGGAAUUACUGCAAUUGAAGAAAAAGUGGUGGGAUAAUAAUCCAUUUAAAGUACAAUGUGACCAACCAGAAAAUGAUACGGGCGGUAUUAAUUUUCAGAACAUUGGUGGACUUUUCGCAACUAUUUUUUUGGGAAUCUUCAUAGCUGCCAUUGUAUUUGGCAUUGAAUAUUGGUAUUAUAAAUACCACAAAGUCAAGAACGCGAUUGGAAUUAUCGAGGAGGUCGCAUCUAUAGAGAAUUUUAAUAAUACCACAAAGCACUCGUCUAAGCAGUAGGAAGGAAUGCACGUUUGUUGUGAUUUCUGCACGAUAUAUUGGGUAUGACCUAUGUAGAAAUGGUUCUGAGUACCUACCAAUUGCAAUACUGGGAAAACAAAUAAUAGGUAGAUCAAUGUUAUAAGAUUGGUGCUCUAUCGUCGUUACAUAGACCUGUGUCUAACCCAGUGGUUCUCAACCUUUUUUUGGUGACGGAACAUUAUAGAUUGUAAAUGAAAUCGCGCGGAACACCUAAUGCCGAGGUGGGGGCGGUAAUGCGAGUUGUUAAUACAAACGAAAAUUGAUCAAGAAGUAAGUUUUAUUUUAAGUCACUAACAAAAUGUAUUUUUUUUUCAAACUGAAACUUAAAAAUAUAUAAAACCAACAGUAACAUAAGAAACAAAGUUUAUUAGUGGGACACUUGUGCCUGAUGUUGUUGGCAUAUUUUGUCAAUAUCAGGCCUAAUGUGAGAAACAGUGACCCUCAUUAAAAAUAAAUAAUUAAAAAUACGCACGUUUCAAUAAUACACAUAUUUUAUAAUAAAUAAUAACUGACUAAAUUAAGAGGUAACAUAUUACAUAAUUAUAUUUCGCGAAACAUUUGAUAGGCAUUCGCGGAGCACCAAUGUUCCGCGGAACGCUGGUUGAGAACCACUGGCUAACCUUUUUGUAGUUCGUCAAAUUCAUUUACCAUACACUGAAUGAACACAGUAUAUCUGACUAACUCUGUUUGUGAUUGUUGAUGUUAACUUUACUUUACUUUGAUAAGCAUUGUUCACA